AUGACUGGAUCAUCCUCUCAGUUUCAACAAUUAGAAAAAUUAGGUGAAGGAACAUAUGCUACUGUUUAUAAAGGUAGGAAUAGACAAACUGGUGCAUUAGUUGCAUUAAAAGAAAUUAAUUUAGAUUCAGAAGAAGGUACUCCAUCAACUGCAAUUCGUGAAAUUUCGUUAAUGAAAGAAUUAGAUCAUGAAAAUAUAGUUACAUUAUAUGAUGUUAUUCAUACUGAAAAUAAAUUAACUCUAGUUUUUGAAUUUAUGGAUAAAGAUUUAAAAAAAUAUAUGGAAAUUCAUGGUCAACAAGGUGCUUUAGAUUUAAAAAUUGUUAAACUGUUUAUGUUUCAAUUAUUAAAAGGUAUAAUGUUUUGUCAUGAUAAUAGAGUAUUACAUAGAGAUUUAAAACCUCAAAAUUUAUUAAUUAAUAAUAAGGGAGAGUUGAAAUUGGGUGAUUUUGGUUUGGCAAGAGCUUUUGGUAUUCCUUUUAAUACUUUUUCAAAUGAAGUUGUUACUUUAUGGUAUAGAGCUCCUGAUGUCUUAUUAGGUUCAAGAGCUUAUACUACUUCAAUUGAUAUAUGGUCUGCUGGUUGUAUAUUUGCAGAAAUGUGUACAGGUAAACCAUUAUUUCCAGGUACGGCAAAUGAAGAUCAAUUGAUUAAAAUUUUUAGAUUAAUGGGAACUCCAAAUGAACGUACUUGGCCUGGAAUAAGCCAAUAUACAAAUUAUAAAAAUAACUGGCAAAUCUUUGUCCCUCAAGAUUUGAGGCUCAUAGUUCCAAAUUUGGAUGCUAUGGGUCUCAAUUUGUUGCAAAGUUUGUUACAAAUUAGACCAGAGGCUAGAAUAACAGCUAGACAAGCAUUACAACAUCCAUGGUUUCAUGAAAUAACAUAUCCACAACAAUAUUAUUAA